AUGAAUCCGGAAGCAAGAUGGACUCCUUCUCCCUGGGUCUGCAGCUCUUGUCUGGGGCUUGCCUGGUCCUCACCCUGGGCAUGUUCGGGACCGGAUUGUCCGACCUGAAGCGGAUGUCUCUGACCCGAAGCGUGGACAACGUCCAGUUCCUGCCCUUCCUCACCACCGACGUCAACAACCUGAGCUGGCUUGGCUAUGGGGCGUUGAAGGGGGAUUGGACCCUGAUCAUCGUCAACGCGGUGGGGGCCGCCCUCCAGACCCUCUACAUCCUGGUCUACUUCUACUUCAGCACAGAGAAGGGCUCCGUCCUGUGGAAGACGCUGACCCUGGUGGGGGCGCUGCUGCUGGGCUACACCUACUUCAGCCUCCUGGUCCCGGACCUGCCCACCCGCCUGAGCCAGCUGGGCCUCUUCUGCAGCCUCUUCACCAUCGCCAUGUACCUCUCCCCAUUGACCGACUUGGCCAAGAUUGUGAAGAGCCGCUCCACGCGGUGCCUCUCCUUCCCGCUGACCGUCACCACCUUCUUGGCUUCGGCCAGCUGGACCUUGUACGGCCUGCUCCUCGAGGACCUCUACAUUGCGAUCCCCAACAUGCCGGGCAUCGCCACCAGCUUGAUCCGCUUCUGGCUCUUCUGGCGCUUCCCCGCUGACCACGACAGGAUCUCGUAUCGGCCGCUCCAGGCCUGAGGACACUCUGCCGGCCGCCGAGGACCCAACGGAUGGUGCUAAGGGCAGGCUAGAUGCCCUCUAGGGGGGCCCUUUUUGCCUCCUGCUUGGACCCUUGAAGUGCUAGAGCGAAGGCCCUCCUGUUGCAAACGACACCAAAGCAAUUGCACUUUUGGAAGCACUUACUUUUUUAUAUAUAUAUAUAAAGUGCCUUGCAAUUAAUAAUAAUUAGAAGGGAUCGUUUUCUGAAAAUCGGGGAGCUUUUCCUCUUUGGUGGAUUUUUUUUCCUGGAGAGAAUGACUAUUUGGGGUGUCCUGGACCUUUUGGUGCUUUCCAACAUUAUUAUUAUUAUUAUUAUUAUUAUUAAUGGCAGAAUGGGGUUGGACUGCAUGCGCUUUGGAGGUCCCUUCUGACUGUAAGAACCUUUGAUUCUAUAGCCCUAUUUCUCCACAAACCUGUGAAUAUUUAUGAAGGCCGGAUGGCCAUCUGUCGGGGUAAUUUGAUUGUGUUUUUUUCCUGCCGGGCAAAGAGGGUUGGACUGGGUGUCCUUUGGGGUUCCCUUUCAUAAUAAAACAUAAUAAUAAUAUGAUAUUAUUGUUGCAUUAUUUGAUUGUGUUGUUUCUGCUUGGCCAAGGUUAGUUGGACUAGAUGUCCUUUGGGGGCCCCUUCCAAUAAUAAGAAUAAUAGCAAUA